CGCCACUUUGGCUGGCAUUUGGAUCCCGCCUCCGCCUCCGCCUCCACUAUUAAUCUCCGGAUCGUCCCUUCCCGGCCAGACCUCUUCUCUCUCGAUCUCUUCCAAUCUCCAACCAAGCACAAGCACAAGCAGCAGCAGAUCCCAUCCAUGGCGGGGGGCAAGUCCACCGGCAACGCCGCGCGCACCAGGAAGCGCGUCGAGGCCACCGUCCUCAAGCGCUCCAGGGACGGCAGCGCAUUCACCAGAUGCGAGGCCUGCAACAAGGACGUCCCCGUCGUCCUCAUCGACAUGCACAGCUGCAGCCUCGACGCCAAGAUCAGGAUGACGCUCGAGGCGCAGGUGGUCGAGAAGACCGUCGAGGUCACCAAGUCCGAGCGCAAGAAGCCCUCCAAGACCGCCGCCGCCAACAAAGACUCCAAGCGCAAGCGCACGCCCACCGCCUUCUUCCUCUUCAUGGCCGACUUCAGGAAGGAGUUCAAGGCCGCCCAUCCUGACAACAAGAAUAUCGCCACCGUUUCAAAGGAAGCAGGAGAGAAGUGGAACUCCAUGACCGACCAGGAGAAGAAGCCCUACAUUGACAAGGCUGCCGAGCUCAAGGCUCUUGCUGAGAAUGGCGAGGGCAGUGAUGAGAACAAUGUCGCUGCUGCCGAGAAAGCCAAGGCGGAUGACACGGAGGGGGACCAGGAGGUGGAUCAGCCGCCCAAGAGGCGCCGUCGCCGCAAGGUCGAUGAGGAUGAGGAUGACGAGGCGGGUGGCCAGGGAGAUGAGGAUGACAAGAACGAGCUGGAUGAUGACAUGUAGAUACCUGCUCUUUUCUUCUGUAAAUGGCAGGCAGGCAGGCAGGCAGGCAGAUGUGCUAGAUUCGAGAGGGAAGGGAGCUGGAUUGUAGUCUAGGAGUGAGUAUUCACUAGUGACGAAGAUGGCAUUUUCGUUUGGGUAGCUUGCAGUCCAAUGUUGAAUGAAUUAUGAUGUGCUCUAUCAAUCAAUCUAUCUAUCUAUCUAGUUCCCAUCCCAUUCACGGGUUGCCUUUGA